AUGCAUGGGAACUGGCACCACGGGGCGCUGUUUUUUUACAGAAAGCGGGGCACUGGAGUACUGCAGGAUGCGCCUCUGUUGUCCGUUGGCCGUAGUGAAUCUGGUUUUCCCAAGAAAGAGAGGGAUAUUGAAGAGGCGACAAAUUUUAACGAGGACGAUUUUGAAAUUCCUGGGGUAAGACAACCGACGUUGGGGCAGCUACGGGCAACCGCGAUUGCAGGGAAUGACAUUACGUCAUCUUGUCUCUACACAACUGGGAUAAUUGUCUCUAUGCCCGGCCGUUUUUCGUGUUUUGCUUCUGUGUUUGUUUCUAUUAUUUUGUACCUUUCUUGUGGGAUUUACGCGGAGGUGUUUGGCGCUCUUCCCAUGAAUGGUGGCACUUACAAUGCCGUGCUGAACACUAUUGAUAAAAACUGGGCAGCUCAGUCAGCUACUUUGUCCACCCUCAGUUACAUUGAAACAACCGUAACAAGUGCUGCAUCUGCUGGGGACUAUCUUCAAUUUAAAUGGAAUGCGAUACCGUCUAAAUGGGUUUCUAUGGGUAUUUUCGGCGUUUUUGCCAUGAUGACUCUAUUAGGCGUGAAGGAGUCUUUCUAUGCGGCAACCGGAGUUGUUUUUUUUGUUUUUUUUUGUUUCAUAUGGCGACGCUUUUGA